CUUGAAAAAAGAGAAAAAAAGUUUGGGCUUCAGAAAUAUGAAUUAGGGCUAGGAAAAGUGGAUAUAAAGUUGGUGCUUUUUACGCAUACACAUAACAUUAGCUUUUUGUUUGUAUAUAUAUGAGCAUUUAAACUUAUUUGGUGCAAAAAGUAUAAUAUCACCCUCCCCUACCAUCCUUCAGUGGACAUCGCCGUACCCGAUCGACCAGCCCGCCUUCCCAAUGUGAAGCUGGUGUCCCCGAGUGAGAUGCCGAAGCUGGGUAAAGCUGGGAGCUUGCAUAGUCGGCAGGCGAUUGUGCAUAGUCUCGUGCACACCGAGAGUUGGGCUAUCGACCUGUCUUGGGAUAUAAUUGCUCGAUUUGGAAAGGAAGAGUCCAUGCCAAGAGAUUUUUUCACGGAUUUUGUGAAAGUGGCUCAAGAUGAAGGUCGGCACUUUACCCUGCUUGCAGCACGGCUUAAGGAACUGGGGUCUUUUUAUGGAGCAUUACCUGCUCAUGACGGUCUCUGGGACUCGGCUACUGCUACUUCAAAAGAUUUAUUGGCACGUUUAGCAGUUGAACAUUGUGUUCAUGAGGCUAGAGGUCUUGAUGUGCUACCAACAACAAUAUCACGUUUUCGAAAGGGUGGUGAUGAAAAGACAGCCGAAUUAUUGGAGAAAGUUAUUUAUCCAGAAGAAAUCACUCACUGUGCUGCUGGAAUCAAGUGGUUUAAGUACAUCUGUAUGAGGUCGAAAAAUGCCAGCAUGGCCCUCGACUCUAUAGCCUCCGAGCAAAUAGCUGAAACAGUUGGAGAUGAUAAUAUGCAGUUUGAAGUGAUCGAGAAGUUUCAUGCAAUAGUAAGGGCCUUUUUCAGAGGUCCACUCAAGCCGCCUUUCAAUGAGAGUGCAAGACGAGCAGCCGGGUUUGGACCUGAAUGGUAUGAGCCUCUAGCUGUUAAGCAUUUCCCUACAGAAUGAGAAACUUUCACUAUUUCUGUUUAUUUUGUUGUAGCAGAAAACAAGAUGGGUAAUGUUAGCAUGUCUAUUUGCAUUGGGUAGUUUAUUAUAUGUUUCAGGGAGAUUAGAGUGAAUGUGAGACCUAAUGUUAUUGAUUGUGUUGGUGUUUGGUGUGUGAAAACAGAGGGGUGUAAUAAAACCAAACCUCAAUUUAAAAAUGCUCACUACAGUCUACAAACAAGACUUACAAAUAAAAGUCAUCUUAUAAACAGCAAAGUUGUGUUGAA